GCACGCUCACGGCUCGCGCGCAUUUGCCGAAACUGUCAAAAAUGUAUACAGAGAGGAUUAUUACAGAAUGUUAUCGCACAAUGUAUGAAGAUGAUAACAUAACUUCCACUCCCAAGCGCUGUGUGCUUACUGAAGUCACCAACUCUACCAAUGUGUCUCCCACGGCGAAUUUGAAGUUGUUGACGAACGUUGCACUGUUGUACCCGACUCCGCCGCCUAGCACCGUGCACCGCAAAGAAAAGUCGCUUCAAAUACUAUGCGACAGAUUCCUGACACUGUUCCCCCUGUAUGGGCAUGGCACGGUGGAGAUCCAGCUCGACAGCACGGCGGCGCGGCUGGGCGUGGAGAAGCGCCGCAUGUACGACAUCAUCAACAUUCUCGAGGCCAUGCAGUGUGCGGUCCACAAGCGGAAGAACACCUAUCUGUGGCAUGGAGGUUCAAGACUGAAUUCAUUUUUGAAGAUGCUUAAAAAGCAAGGGGAGAACCUGAGACUGUCUGCGGCUCUACGGGGCAGAGCUCCGAAGCCACCCGCUCCCAAACACAAAACCCUGGGAGUAUUGGCUCAGAGAUUUUUGAUGCUGUUCCUAGUAGAACCACCUAAUACGCUUAUCAAUUUGGAGAUGGCUGUGAGAGUACUGAUUGACUCAAACAACAAAACUAAAACCACUCUUUCACCAGAAAUGCUAGACCGUCAACACAAAUCAAAAGUAAGGAGGCUAUAUGACAUAGCCAAUGUCUUUAUUUCAAUUGGUCUCAUUGAAAAAGUGUCAGGGAACUCAAUUUUAAAGAAACCUGUAUUCAAGUAUGUGGGGCCCUUUAAAAUGAAAGGCGAAAAGAAGGCGGAGAAGAUGGUGACAGGCACUCCCUCGCCGCUGACCCCGCUCGCGCUGGCCGGCGAGCAGCGCAUCACUCCUUGCCACGUGUUCUCCGGCCGCUCCAAGCGCAAGCUGGAGUUCUCCUCCACGCCCACCAGCAACAGAGAGGCGCCUCUGGGCGUCACCACCCCACCUCACACUCCGUCCCAUAAGUGGGACGAAAUUUUAUUGGUAGCCGAUAUGGAGCUCAGUAGAAUAAAUAAUGGAAUUAUUUUGUAAAAUUGUUCGAAUAUGACUUGGCUAAAUAUUUUUCUAAUGAAUUCUCCGUCCACGUUGAGGUCUACAAUGAGGGACUAACAUGAUUUGCUGUGGGAAUAUCCCUAUGUACCAAAAUGAAGGGCCUUCACUAAAUAAAACUUAGCCAUGAUCAUGCUCGUGAUAAAAGUUCAGGACUCCUCUUAAAUUGAUCUCAUUGACAAUUGUAUAAUGUCUAAAUAAACCUACUAUAAAAAAACAACGUAAAAGUAAAAUUUCAAAAAUAUAAGUUAUCAUUAGAUAGUAAAAACAAAUGACAUUGUCGUAUAUUUAAAAAAAAAUCCGCGCUGUACUGAACUAAAUAGGUCUAUUAAGAUAUCACACCGAUUUUUUCGAAAUGUUUCUGUUUCCUUACUGAGCAAACAGAUGUAUCACAAAAUUUUAGUAAAAUGACAUUAACAUUAAAUUUCGUGUUUCCUAAUUUGCCCACUGGCAAAUCAUGAAUGGCUCGUUUCUGUAGGCAAAGAUUUUAGCUAUUUAUAAUCUAUACUAUGGCUAGGACAAACAUUAACAUCACAGUUAAGGUAGAAAUACAAUACAAACAGCUAAAAAUAUCGUUCUGUUAAAUAAUACCUUCUUUUAAUAUUUUUCUACAUAUAUUCCGGUAUCCUGUAAGUGUAACACCUUCCAACCAUACAUGUAUUCGCUCUGCAAAGAAUGCAUUGACUGCACGGCGCACGGCGGCGCCCGCCCACUGAAGAAAACUAUUUUUUGCGCUAUUCUCCCUAGUUUUCAUCAAUCCUUUGAUAAGUACUUGGAGUGGAACUGUAAUCCAACGGAAUACAUUGGCAAGAUAACUGCCUGUCAUUUUGUGGUAUAGUGUAUGGUAAAAUAAUAACGAUAUGAUUUGGAGACAUGAUUUUUUUGAAAUUUUUGUGUUUAGUCAUAAUUUAGUAAUUUAACGACGAACUUCUUUAUAGGUACUUCGUGUAUUUUUGAUAAAACGUAAACCUUCGGGCGUAGCACACUAGUUGGAUAAACUUUAUCGCAUAGGUGCGUCCCUAACGCAAUUACAAAUAGUGCGAAAAGGACGGCCUGACGUUAUAUAGUUUAUCAUGCGACCGUGCUGCCUGUCAGAUGUAGAUUUAAGUGCUACGAAACUGAAAGAAAAUAUGUAAUAUUAGUUUUUGAGUAGUAAUAUGUACACAAUAAUAUAUUUCGUUAUACGGCAAUCGAUAUUAACGAGUUUCAAAACAAGACCGUGGUGACACAUUAAUUGCUGAAUGAUAUGUAUCAUAUAACCUGUGAGGUGUGUUAAACUUUGCGGUGAUAUCAAAAAUACACGCUCUACUAAUUUUGAAUUUGUGUGGACCUUGAAAUGCGUCAGGCCGAACGUCACAGAUUGUUUAGUGUUGAGCGAGAUAAAUGUUUGAACACUUACUUAACACUAAUCAAUAUGUGAUCAGGACCUAAUUCGUCUUCCAAGAAAUAUUUUAAGAUUGAAGUAUUUAAUAUUAUUUCAAACAUUGAACAAAAACAAUAGAUAAAUUAUUCCUACGUUAAAAUUUUAUUAUUGUUGCUCAGAAAAGAGUUUAAUUAAUUUCAGAGAAAAAUAAUGCAAUUAGCAAAUUGUUGACUUAGGAAGAAAACCUUAAUUAGUUAUUAAGUUUGUAAGACGUAUAAAAAAGAUUUAAAAUGAAAUAUAUUGUUGAGUUGUGCCGCUCCCGCUUUACCGCGUAGCCCGCUUGUGUGCGAGGACGUCAGGAGCAACCUGCGGUUGGGCCACGGAGCCAACUCCGGCGGAUGCAAGCAAUCACGAAUCUUAUACGACCCAUAAAACUUUGUUUCAAAUGCUCAAUUACUCAUACGCACGUACUUACCUUACUAUGUAAGUACGAGCACAUUUGUAGCCCCAGAGCAUCUUCUCACAUGCCAGUUUUGAAUUCUCAUUUCCAUUGUUGUCAGGGCACUUGUCUCAACGAAACGAUCAUUUAGCAGGGUCUCAUGCCCGUUUCGCGAUGCUUAGCCGCAAGUUAGCUCCUGCAGCGCGACACUACUACAUACAUUUAUGUAUUUUUAUGAAUUCCUUUCCGUGGAAAGCCAUCUUAAAGAUGUACUUUGAAAGUCAAUAUAGGUUAUAUUAUAAUUUAUAAAAAUUUACCAUACCUUCGAAGACUUAUUGUCUCUAGAGGGAAAAUAUUUUUUAUUAUAUUGUUUUAUACAUAGAUAUAAAUUAAUCUAUUGUUACAAUCCUUACAUAUAUUCCUAAGGCUCGCUAUAGGGUUUAAAAAUAACUAUGAAUUAGAACAGAGCAUUUGUUUUUAAACCAAACCAAAAUCUAUUUAGUUUCUUUCAUUGUUGAUUGUACGUACAAUAGAAUAUAGAUAGUCGCCAUAGAAUAUACCGAAGGUGCACACAAACAUCUGAACACAUCUGUACAGUCGACUACAAAGAGAUGUAUCCACUUUUUCAUCUUAUUACAUUUGUAAUACGGUGAAAAAAUUGAUACAUCUCUUCGUAGUCGACUGUACAUAUUACAAAGUGCUUUCUCAGAUUUUUUUCAGUACUUCAUGUGCAAAGUUAUAUUAGAUGGUGGCUGAUAGCUAUAUUCAAAUUUAACUGUCAAUUUUUGGAUUGUUUUGUUAUUUAGCCGAGCCUUAUGAGAAAAUAAAUAAAUAAUAUAGGUAUACUUUAGAUGGAAGCUUACACGUCGCUCUUAGGGUGGAAUGACAUGGAACAGCAUCGUGCCGCAUUCUAUAAAGAAUUUAUGACAUAAUACUAUAUAGGUAGUUGUUUAACUUGGUUACUACGAUGAAUGAUAACGCCUACGCAUCGGCAAGCUGAAAGCAUACACAUCUUGGUACUAAUGGGCGAUUCAUAAUAUUUCAAAAUGCUGACAGAUGUGAUUCCAUCCUUGGAACACUUCUGCUCUUUAUAACACGAUAUGCUGUUUCGACAGCUUGCAAUACCAGCAAAAAGUUCAAGAUGUUUCGCUGGCUAUGUUAUUAAAUUUAUGAAUUAUUCUAUAUUACCUAUUUCUAAAAUCACCGCAAAACUGUAAAGAACCACAAACAUACUCAGUACUCACACCAAUAUAGAUUAUACAAGUAGGACAGUGGAGCUAGGCUUUACUGUCGGGAUCAAGAAUACAGUCAUAUUGUUUGCGAGUAUUGUGGUGUUCCAUGCCAAAAGGAACCUAAGGCUUCUAGUGCAAUAAAGAGGUCAUCUGAUAUUCCUACAGAAAUUAGCCCAUAUUGCCGAUGAAACAUAGAACGCUUUAGGCGUGGGAUAGCGAUUAUUGUUGAGAUUCAAUAGUAUGCAUUCAAUGUUUCGAAUUAGUAUAUAAUUUUAAGGUAUUUAAAGUUGCUUUUUAUGCUCUAUUAUUUUGUUGCUAAGCUGUAUCUGUAAUAAUAAAAUACAUUAAAUUGAUACAAAUAUGUUUUAUUUAUAUUUGCAUUAAAUUAAAUUUAAUAGGUAAUGAAUUAAUUAAAUUGUGAUAUAUCUAUGCUAAAAUAUGAAUGACAUUCAAAACAUGACAUAAAUAAAUAUUAUCAAGACUGAUAAAUUAAACGUUAUUGCGAUGGAUGAUUUAAAGCUUACAUUAGUAAACUGCACUGACACGAAGUGCCGCUAGAACAACGAUCAUUAGUCCGUUAGCUCUAACCACGACUUUCUAGCAAACAGCUGUCGAAUUUAAUUUAUCGAGUCUACUUUAUACAAUCCAAUCCAUG